GUUCCACAGGUGUUUCUUUCCUCCUACACUUCAUAUCCCUAGUCCAAGAUGAAGCCUUUGUUCCUCGCAACAUUAUUAACAUUAGUCUUCUUGGAAGUGACAGGCCAUACAAGACAAUUGCCAAAGGAACUAACUUUCAAAUCGAGCAUUUGCGACUCAUCUUAUUCUUGCGCUGAUUAUCACACAGCCAGGAUCUGUAGAACCGACGCCAAAGGAAAGCUCGAGUUCUUGAGGGAUAUCAACUGUUCUCAGCAGAGACCAUACUGUGACCGAAGUACUGGAACUUGCGUUUCGACGCCACCAUCAAACUUCACAAAUUUGAUUGGAAGUUUUUCAAACAGCGUUAAAAACCUUUAUACCAACAGCUGCAGCAAGAUAUUUUCCUGCCUCGAUUGCAGUACAGCCCAGAUAUGCAGGCCAACUAUCAAUGGCCUAGUGCACUUUAAGGAUUUGUCUUGUUCUGAUGACACCCCCUACUGCAAUCCGAAAACAGGAACCUGUGGCACCGAGGAGAGCUUAGGCUGCGGUAAGAAAAAUGACUUCCACUGCACCCACGAUGGGAAGUUCCCAGACACAGACUGUGAUAAAUACCACAUCUGCUCUAACUUGACUUCUAUUACAUUAAGCUGCGCCAAUUCGAGCGAGCAUUACGACCCUACGAUGGGGAGAUGCAGUAACAGCGUUCCAUGCCAAUCGUUUUCCUGCUUGAACAAUCUCGGAAUGAAGAUCCCCCACCCCUUAGAUCCCAGAUUUUUCGCUUUCUGUGGUGAAAAAGAACCAAUUGUCAUUGACUCAUGUCCCACGCCGUACGAGCUGAAUGUAACCAGCCAGAUGUGUGAAGCCACGUGUCAUUACAACGGCCUGUUACCUGAUCUCUCUGACUGUCGCUUCUACUACAAAUGUACGCAAGUAUUUUUGACAGAGUCGAUUACUUACUUCACGAAGGAGAAAAAACAAUGUCCGAAUGGUCAGGCAUACGAUCCUACGCAGUAUCUGUGUGUUGACAAAACCUCUAGCAUUCCUGGUUGUAAGAUAUAGUUAAACGAGUACCUUUGUUGAGAAUUUGUUUAUCGCAUUGUCCUUUAGAGUAAUUAAUAUUGUUAUGAGAUUAUCAAUAUUUGAGAGAACAGAUUAUGUGUCCUUGGUGCUUCUACCACUAAAAUAAAUGGUAGGUUAACUGAUAAAAAGAUAUAAAUUUUAUACUUGUUUAUCAUGUUAAUUGAUUUGAGGCGGUAGCGGAUUCAGAAUUUCAUUUAGAGGGCUCCAGCCCGAAAGCAUUAUACAAAUACACAUUACUUUGGAAGAAUGAAACUAACUACUCGUAUGAAAUGAUGUUCAAGAGAUUCUUAAGCCCGAUUAAAAAAAUGAAAUUAGACAAUUGGGAAAUGCUAAUCAAUCCAUAUGGACUUAACUCUUAUAUUCCAUUAUUAUAUAAACAUUUUCCCCCAUUUUUAAUAAAAAAUAGUCAUAUACAAUGUAUCUAAUACACUACAUUAAACAAUUAUCAUUACAUAGUACAGAUAUUUUCUCGAAAAAAAUACUAUUAGUGAUACUUUUUAUAAAGAUUUAGAUUUUUUAUAGAGAUACUAUUAUAGUUAGCCGCUUUAUAUGCAUUAAAAUUUAACAAACAGAAUAUAUUGUGAUUGCUUUAGUAUUUAGCUUGGAUUUCGUGGGCUUCAGUCCGAGAUUUAUAUUUAAAUGUAUAUGAUGAACGAAUGUUUAUUUACUGAUAGUUAUUAUUUAUUUAUUUUAUUUAUCUCGGAAAAAGCAGCCAACCUAAAGAAUUGCCUCAUUAUUAGAUUUCAAUUAAUGUGGCAGUAAAAAGCAGUAUUAAUCGAAAUGAAUAUAUAAUUAGUUAUAUCACUGUUUCUUCUUUUAUCUUGAAUAUAUAUAUAUAUAUAUAUAUAUAUAUAUAUAUAUAUAUAUAUAUAUAUAUGGUAACUUUUCUUGUAAAUCAAUCUAAUAAUGCUCAAUAUCGGCCAAUAAACUAUUUAACAACAAUUUUAAAUAAUAAAACGAUUUAGCUUUAUCAGAUGAGGUAUAAUUGGUCAAAAUAUUUCUAAACAAUUAGUCCAUGAGAUUCCGUAAAUGCAUAAAUGCAUACAUUAUUAUAGCAUAAAUACGCUUAGCAAAGGUCGAGUACACCUCACUGCCUAUCUGGAAUAGUUCCAAAGGUGUCUUGUAUCUGAUAUUGGUAACAGGUUACAAGUUUUUUUUUUGACUAAGUUCCUAUAGUGAAAACUAAAAAUUUUAUGUUUAUUCUAAAUAAUAUGUAAGUAUUGUGAUGUUUAUUAAAAUAAAUUAAUUAAUAUUGUUAAGAGAUUAAAUAUAAUUAGAUUUAAGAAUUGUUAUUUGUAAAAAAAAUAAUUUUAUUUUAAAAAACUUAUUUUUUACUACCUAUGAUGAUUAUUUAUAUUUUCAAAUACAUUAAAUUUUAUUUGUA